AUGACACCAAUGCUAGUCGGCAGUGCUUCUUCGGUUUCAUUACGGUCUAUAAAAUUAUUUACUUUUGGUUGUACAUUAGCCUUUGUUCUUAUGAUAUUUCAAUAUGAACAUAAAUUACGAUUAUUUAAUUCUCCACGUCUUAUGCUUACUUUACCGAGUUUGACCCUCAUAUCAAUAUGUGGCGUGGGUUCUGCAUUAGUCGGUGUUAUCUAUCCCAUGAUUGUUACUACAAUCGAUCGAGCAACUGUUCUCGAACAGAAUACUAAUAAUAUAAUACGGAAAUCUCAAGUUUGUAAAUCAGUUGUAAUAUUUCUUGGCAUUAAUCAUUUAUGUGUUAAAAUUCAAUUUCAAAGUGAUCUUCAUUUUACAUUGACAUUAGUAUUUUUUUGUGUGGCAUUUUGGUGGUGGUUCGAUCGAAGCUCAAUAAAUUUUAUAUUCUCAAUUAUUGUGUCAUUUCUAUUAACAAUAACGACAGAAAUUUUACUGCGCUCUGGUGCACUUCAAUACACAUAUUCGGAUUUUUACUUGAAAACUUGUGUGCCUUGUCUGACAUUUGCUGGCGCUAUUCUCAUUAUUCAAUUAACAAAAUUAUUAUCACAGCCUGUUCAGCUAUCGUCGACAAUGGAUAUCUCAAACGAACAAGAACAUUUUAAAAAUGAUUAA